AUGGCCAAGGCAAUGGAAGGGUCAUCUUCUCCCAAGGUAGGGAAGAGGAUGAUUGCACUGAAACUGCUGCUUGGUCUGGUGUUCGUGGGAUGGCUAAUGAUGUGGGUUAUGGUGCCCACAAGCACCUAUCGGAAAACCUGGCGACCCAAGCUGCUCUCAAAAACUAGGUCUACUUACUUUGGAAGACAAGGGGGCAGCAUGUUGAUUUUUACGUUCCCCAUACUCUUUAUUGCUGUUGUUGGUUGCAUUUACCUUCACUUGGAGCAGAAAAUUGGGAAUACAGACAGUGGUAGCUUAAGGCGUCGCUUGGAAGCAUGGAGCAAGCCUGUGCUCGUGAAGGGGCCUCUGGGAAUUGUUUCGGCGACAGAGCUAGCCUUCUGCUUGAUGUUUCUGGCACUCCUCAUCUGGUCCUUCUCCAGCUAUUUGAGUGUCGGCUUUGCCAAACUCAAGGCUCAGGGCGUGGAAUCGUGGCAGGCUAAGCUGGCGACUGUAGCUCUGCGGCUCGGGCUGGUUGGGAAAAUCUGCUGUGCUUUCCUCUUCUUCCCUGUAAUGCGCCGGUCCUCUCUCUUGCCACUCGUUGGCCUAAAAUCCGGGUCCAGCAUAAGGCGCCACGUAUGGCUUGGGCACAUUGUCAUGGUUCUCUUCACAGCCCACGGUGUUGGUUUUAUCGUCUUAUGGGUGGCCACCAAUAACUUGUCUCAGAUGCUGAAAUGGGCCAAUACAGGAGGAUCAAAUUUGGCAGGAGAAAUAGCUCUGCUAGCUGGGCUGCUUAUGUGGGCGACAUCUUUCCCUCGCAUUCGGCGCAGGAAGUUCGAGCUCUUCUUCUUCACUCAUCAUCUCUACAUCGUCUUCCUUAUUUUCUACUUAUUUCACGUUGGGAUCUCCUUUUUUUGCUAUAUUCUUCCCGGUGUCUACCUCUUCAUUGUGGACCGAUACUUGCGAUUUUUGCAAUCACGAAGCAAGGUCAGGAUGGUUUCUGCACGCCUCCUACCAUCUGAAAUAGUAGAGCUGAACUUCUCCAAGAGCCCAGGGUGUAGCUAUAACCCCUUGAGCAUAAUAUUUGUAAAUGUUCCAAGUAUUUCAUCACUUCAAUGGCACCCUUUCACCGUGAUCUCCAACAGCAACUUGGAACCGGAUAGACUAAGUGUCAUCGUCAAGAGAGAAGGAAGUUGGACCGACAAGCUGUACCAGACACUCUCUUCGCCCAUCGACCGUCUAGGUGUCUCAGUUGAUGGCCCAUAUGGUCCUACUUCAAUGAACUUCCUGAGGUAUGAUUCCUUAGUAAUGGUGAGUGGUGGCAGUGGAAUUACUCCCUUUAUAUCCAUAAUUAGAGAGCUCAUAUAUCGGAGCACAGCUCUUGACAGUCCGAUACCGAGUGUUUACCUGAUUUGUGCCUUCAAGACAUCUGCCGAUCUCACUAUGCUUGAUCUCCUCCUCCCUAUCUCUUGCAAUGCCUCUGACCUUUCCCGCCUGCAGCUUCGGAUUGAGGCCUUUGUCACAAGAGAGAAACCUUCUGCUUCUGAUGCUCAAAGGCAUAUCCGAACAGUUUGCUUCAAGCCACUCUCUUCAGACCUGCCCAUCGCCCCCGUUCUUGGGCCCAACGGAUGGCUUUGGUUGGGUGCAAUUAUCUCAUCUUCUUUUAUUGCCUUCCUUGUGCUCAUUGGCAUCGUCACCCGUUACUACAUAUAUCCAAUCGAUCAUAAUACCAAUCGUAUUUUCUCCUAUGCUACAAGGUCCGUCCUAAACUUGUUGCUCAUAUGUGUCUGCAUAGCUGCCACAGCUAGUGCAGCCGUUUUGUGGAACAAGAGAAGCAGCAGUAGGGAGGCAAAGAAAAUUCAGAAUACGGAUGCAUCGAUGCCGGGGACGUCACCUAGCUUGUACUUUCAUAAUGGAGAUCGAGAGCUGGAGAGUGUUCCUCAGGAGUCCAUUGUCAAAGCCACCAGGUUGCACUACGGGGAAAGGCCUAAUUUCAAGAAGAUGCUUUCGGAGCUUGAUGGCUCAAACAUCGGAGUGAUGGCGAGUGGCCCCAGUGUGCUGCGUCAGGAUGUUGCUGCCGUCUGUUCAUCAGGUCUUGCUCAGAAUUUGCACUUUGAGUCCAUUAGCUUUAGCUGGUGA